AAGGUUUGGCAUCCAUCAACAAUGAGUUCAAAUUCUCCAGACGUAUAUUCGAUGUGGGUAGAGGGCAAGGAGACGGUAGGAGACGCGGAUCAACUUGCCAUUGAAGACCCAGCAACCGGAGAAAUAUUUGCACACUGUCACGCUGCUUCAGCUGCCAAUGUUGAUGACACAGUCAAACUCGCACAUAAAGUUUUCAAGUCCGGCGUUUGGUCAAAAGCUCCACGCCAUGUCCGUGCGGACACACUCGACAAGAUCGCGGAGCUCCUCACGAAGAACUUGCCCCGUCUGAUUGAGCUAGAGGUACGACAGACUGGUCGGGCCAUUCGUGAGAUGAAUGCGCAAGUUCCGACUCUGGUCAAAUGGUUCAAGUACUACUCUUCCCUGAUCCGAACGGAGGAACGAUCCGUACUGCCUACUGUGGGCAAGCUACACAAUUGGAUCGAUCGCAAGCCCCUUGGUGUCGUUGCUCAAAUCACGCCCUUCAACCAUCCAAUGUUGAUUGCGGUCAAGAAGAUUGCACCCGCGUUGGCCGCCGGAAAUUCGAUCGUCUUGAAGCCCAGCGAGCUCACGCCUCUGACGAGUGUUGAGUUGGGCAAACUGUUCAAAGAAGCAGGGUUGCCGGAUGGAGUGUUCAAUGUAUUGCCUGGCGAUGGCUUGACUACGGGCAAGGCUCUUGUAGAGCACCCACUCAUCAAGAAGGUCGAUGUCACCGGUGGAACACCAGCUGGUCGUGCCAUUGGAGCCAUUGCUGGACGUAAUCUUGCGCAUUAUACCGCAGAGCUUGGUGGGAAAGCCCCCUUGAUCGUUUUCGAGCAGGCACAUAUUGACCUGGCUGUUAACGGUAUUGUCUUCGCAAGUUUCAUUGCGAGCGGUCAAACGUGCGUUGCAGCCACUCGCAUCGUUGUGCACAACAACAUUCUCAACGACGUUGUCGAAAAACUCAAGAGCAAAGUACAGAGUAUUGAAAAGAGAAUGGGAUCACCGAAGAAUGUGGAAUCGAUGAUGGGUCCAGUCAUCUCCGCGAAGCAGUUAGGCAACAUUCAAGCUCUGGUGGAUGAUGCGGUGAGUGCUGGAGUAACUGUUGUUACAGGGGGCAAGCGGAUGAUGGGGACUUCGUCGAUCGACGGUGCCGAUUUCUCGAAAGGGUAUUUCUUCCCACCCACUGUACUCGCCGACAGCGCUACAAAGAAGAUUGUCGAUACCCGGAUCUGGAAAGAGGAAGCAUUCGGUCCAGUCAUUGUUGUAGUAGGUUUCGAUACCGAGGAUCAAGCUAUUGAGUUGGCAAACGACAGCGAGUUCGGACUCGGUGCAGCAAUCUGGACGCAGGACCUUGCGCAAGCAUUUAGAGUUUCCGAGGAGAUUGAGAGUGGGCUAUGUUGGGUCAACACGCAUCAUCGUAACGAUCCAAGUUCGCCCUGGGGUGGCAUCAAGAGUUCAGGUGUGGGAAGCGAGAAUGGCAUUGACGCGUACCAUGCGUAUACGACGACAAAGAGCACGAUCAUGAACUAUGCUACGGCGCAAGAAGGACUGGUAACUGACGACUGGUUCAGGGAAGGCACUGGGGAGGUCAGAUAUGGGUGAGCGGACACAUGCUUUAUUGCUAUGUGGCGUAUACUCUGUAUGUAGGGCAACUUAUUAUGCAUGACUACUACCGCACUUCAAUCGGGCCGUGAUUGUGUCGCAACCUAUAACCCAAAACAUGAAGUGGGGUAGUGAGUUAUCUGAAUGAGUAACACGCACUGGAGACUUACUUCAUAGCUCCUGGAGACAGCUAGAAGCGUGCACACUCUCAACAACAUGACGGAUCAAAUCACUGCUACUGAGCGCGGAGGUAGAGAUUGACUAGC